AGAUAUGGAGCGAGCACUACAAGCGCAAGUGGUACAUAAAAGACAGCGUGUCGAGUUUGCUACCUAUUUGCUCACUGGUGAAGCGUCGCAUUGGUGGCAAGGUAUCUGACGUCUUCUGCAGCAGGGUGAUGACUAUAUCACCUGGAAUGUCUUCCAAGAGGAGUUCUAUAAGAAGUACUUUCCGACUUCUGCCAGGACGGCUAAGGAACUUGAGUUACUACAGCUGAAGCAGGGUACCAUGUCCGUAUCAGAGUAUACUGACAAGUUUGAAGAGCUGUUCAGGUUCUCUCGUAUGUGCCAAGGGACUCCGGUAGAAUAUGAGGAAUGGAAGUGUGUUAAGUAUGAAGGAGGACUCAGGAGUGAUAUCUUCAGUUCAGUAGGACCAAUGGAGAUCAGGACUUUUUCCGAGUUGGUGAACAAGUGCAGAGUUGCUGAAGAGUGUGUGAAGAAGGCAGCUGUUGAGAGAGGGAGUCACAAAGAUUCAUUCCCACAGAACCGAGGGAAGAGCUUUGCACCUAGAGGUCUGUCCUUCAAGAAGGGAGGCUCUUCUAGGAAGCCCAACAACUACAACAACUCCCAAAGGAAGAAGUUUGGGAAGCAGCCUUAGAAUGAUCAAGCUUGCACUAGGUGUGGGAGUCACCAUUCGGGAACCCCGUGCAAGGCCGGGUGGGGCUUGUGCUACAAUUGUGGAAAGGAGGGGCAUAAAGCCGCCAACUGUCCGGAGAAGUAGAAACAAGGUGCUGGGAAAGCACAACAGAUUGGUCGGGUGUUCACCACUUCAGCUAUAGGUGCCGAGGGAUCCGA